CGGUAUCUUCUUGGCUUUGUUAGAGAAAUGAAUUCAAAUGUUUUGAAUCUCAGAAUUCUCAUUGCCAUCUUAUCUAUAAGAAAGACACUUAAAACGACAUAUAGUUUCCAAUAGCAACUUCAACACAGGUCUAUGCUACUAUCCUCGAGAGCUUGGAUAGACUUCAGGAGCUCGGGCAUAAUCUAUCAAGCGGAAGGAAUGCAUGUGGCUGCCAUGGUGGCUGGAGACAACCUUGAAACCCUGCUGCUGCCCACUGGGGGACAUGGAGAUGGAGUGUCAAAUUUCCUUUCACAUCUGGUUUUAAUAGGCUGUACAGGAUGUUGUCAAGCAGUCAGACAAGAGCAGUUAACUAUUGAUAUUAUAGCUGGAAUUCUUUUGACUGAUGUAGGUUAGAGAAAGUGGGCUGGCUAAAGGUAGCCUACAUCCCUUUUCCUUUUCUCUGCUCUCGCCAAUGACAGAGAAAUACCCUCAAGCUAUUUGCAGGGCUCCUUGACCAUUUAACAUGAUUUGGAUCAUUUUGGUGUCACUGCUGUUGUUACCUGUUUUACCUCCAUCUACUAGCUCAGACAAUGCAACUACAAAUCAGUCUCUGGAGAUAACUGAUGAUGAUGAUGAUGACCAUGAUGUCACUCUCAAAAGUGACAAGAAUCCCCCUGCGGCCAAGUAUGGAGAAAAGUGUACAAUGCCUUGUGAACUGGCAGCUAAGUUCAUGAAGGAGGAAAGGCACUCUCUAUGUAGUGACCUUCAGCAUUCAAUUGUUUCAUACACAAGGAGUACUAGAAAGAUGAUCAGAGAUUUAAUUGAUGAACAGCAAAAAUCCUUAGAAUUACUCUCCAACCAGGUGAUGGAACUCACAUCAAAAGUUAGCUCACUCAGCUUGGAGGUUCAGCGGAGCAACACUGAAACAUUAUCAGUGAAGCCAGUACAAUCCCAUGGACGGGAUUGUAGUGACAUAAAAGAGACACUCGAUGCAUCCGUUUCCAAAAUACCUAGUGGGAUCUAUAUAAUCCAUCCAGAAAAUAUAGAGUAUCCAUUUGAGGUUUUUUGUGAGAUGGAUUACAUGGAUGGUGGGUGGACUGUUGUGCAAAGGAGGACUGACGGUCUUACUGACUUUAAACGACCAUGGUCAGACUACAUCAAUGGAUUUGGCCACCUGCCAGGAGAACACUGGCUAGGUCUAAGGAAGAUAUUCAAUAUUGUCAGCCAAAAACAGACCCCUUUCCAACUCCACAUUGCCUUCGUUUCACAAGAUGACUCCACUGCGUAUGCUUCUUAUGACAAAUUUUGGAUUGAAGAUGAGACCAACUUCUUCAGAAUUCAUCUUGGGAGAUACGCUGGCAGUGCAGGUGAUGCUUUCCGUGGGUAUGAGCAAGAAGAAAAUCAGGAAACAGCGCCGUUUAGCACAUCUGAUGUGGAUAAUGAUGGAUGUAAUCCAACUUGCACAUUUGACGGAAAUGCCGUGGAGAGCUGUAGUAUCCAUCAGAAUGGCACAGGCUGGUGGUUUAACCAGUGUGGGCGUGCAAAUCUAAACGGAUCCCCGUCGGACCAGGAUCAAGCCACUAUCCCAAACAUGCGCUGGGAAACUUGGACUAAAAACGGCAUUCCAGUACAGAUUAAGUCUGUGACCAUGAAGAUAAGGAGAAUGGUCAUUCAUCAAAAUAAUUAGUUGCAUUAGAGGAGUAUUUUGAUUUUACACUGUUAUUGAAAGGAAGUUGAAAUAAGUGUUUCAACCUGAUUGUGUUGUAGAUACCAUCCCAUCAGAUUAUAAAAUGGAACUAGCGUCAACAAUAAAAAAGAAACAUGUUUGCA